AUGGCAAAAGCAAACUCUUCAGAGAGCUCAACAGCUAAUUCAAACCCACCAGCAGCAAAUUUGAGCCUGGAGCCACCCAGACCCUACACUUGCAGACUUUGUUUCAGAUCUUUCGUUUCUUCACAAGCCCUAGGCGGUCACCAGAAUGCGCACCGCAAAGAGAGGAGAGAGGCCAAGAGACUCUUCAUCGAAAAGCGCCUCUCUUUCAUGAAAAACUCUGCUGCCUCAAGCCAACCGCCGCCUCUCGGGGUUGAUCGUUUUGCAGCUGCCCCAGUGUUCAACACUGCGGCAGCCCACGGGGGUGGCUCUGGCAUGGGCGUGCCAUUCAAGCCAGAGCAAGGUCACAGGCCUCAAUGUGCCCAAGGGUUACCUUCAACGAUGCCUGAGAUUAGACGCCAGAAUGUUGCAUACUCAGCCACAAAUCAAGAGACCAGCCCUGGGUAUGACUUCUUGGGGCUGUCAAAGAGGGGGAGUGGCUCAGAUGCUAAUAGGAGUAAGGACUCAAAAGAAGAGGGAGCUCUGGACUUAACUUUGAAGCUGUGA